CGCAAUUCAACUUUAACGUGCCCCUUCGCCGCUGGAUUCUGGCCCUUUUUUUUCCGCUCCUCCUUCCCUUCCUUCCUCCUUUUGUAAGCCACAAACACAAGUCAACAAGCCCCAAACCGUUCGCCGGGCAUUCUUUCCUCAUUCCUUUCCACUUCGACGUUCACUCGCUACAUACUUUAAUAUUUGAAUUGUCCGGAUUUCCAAGGCCUUUUUGAGGAGGAAGUCUUAUUACACCAAGGGCCUCGCUUCCCACCAACCCGGCCAACAAACCUUGAUUAGAGUUGCUACCACCAUAGCGGCCUUUCACCACACCAGCGACAUCUUUCCGGAUCUCUCCACAUACAGACCAUAAUCAGACAAGAUGAUUGCCAAGUCUUUCGUCACUCUUCUGGCGGCCGCGAGCCUGGCCUCGGCCCAGAACCAAUGCAGCCAGAGCACCAUCAGCAUCAACUCUAACGGCGAUGCUAGCGCACUGAGGAGCUGCAAGACCUUGAAGGGAAAUGUUGUCAUCGGAAACCAGACCGACAGCACUCUGCAGCUUGAUGGACCGGAAGAGAUCCAGGGUGACUUGACCAUGGUCGACAACAAGAAGAUCGUGUCGCUGUCGAGCACCUCGCUCAAGAAGAUCACUGGCAAGAUGACGUUGGAGAGGGACGAGCUCCUGAGCGACCUGAGGUUCCCUCAGCUGAGCGAGGUCAACUCGAUUAGCUGGGUCACUCUCAGCGCCCUUUCGUCCCUGGGUACCGCGAUCAAGAAGGCGUCGACUGUUGUAAUUGCCGACACCCGUAUCGAGAACCUGAACGGCCUCGACCUCGUUACAGUCGACAACAUUGACAUCAACAACAACCAGCGCCUGCAGAAGUUCACUUCCAAGCUUGAGAGCGUCAGCACCAGCUUCAAGGCUUCCGUCAACGGACUCGGAACAAACUUUGAAUUCCCUGCUCUUAAGUGGGUUGCCGAGAUGGCGAUUGCCAACGCUUCCUCGUUCACCGCUCCCCAGCUUAGCAAGGUCAACAACUCGAUCUACUUCGACUUCAACUUCAUCAAGGAUGCGUCUUUCCCCAACCUGACCGCCGUUGGAAAGGACUUCUCCUUCGUUGGUAACUCGGCUCUCACCAACAUCUCGGCUCCCAUGCUUGCUACCAUUGGUGGCGGCUUGACCAUUGCCAACAACACUGCCCUGGAGAGCAUUGACGGCCUCCCCAAGGUCAAGGAUGUCGGCGGUGCCGUGCUCAUGCGCGGUAGCUUCAAGUCUGUUUCUCUUCCCUCCCUCAACGACGUGAAGGGUGUUUUCGACACUCAGUCCACCACCGACAUCAGCAGCUCUUGCGACACCUUCAAGAAGGCUGGCAGCAACGGCCAGAUCCAGGGCAAGGUUAUCUGCGAGUCCAACAACUCCAAGGCCAACGACGACAUCACUGCUGGCAGCGGAGGCAGCAGCGGCAACAACAAGAACUCGGCUGCUGGCACCACGAUCAACAUGGCUCUUCUCGGCCUCUCCAUCAUCGGAGGUGCUGCAGCUUCGUUCUUGUAAAAUGUUGAUGUUGCCAUAUGCUGGUCCGCGACGGUGUAAAUUUGAGGGCGGCGCAACAGAAUUGUAAAGUCGAAUCUUGGAAUUUUGGUGGCGUUUUCUCCUUUUUUUGUCUUCAAGCACUCUUUUGUCUUUUGUUUGCCCGCGCGUCUUUCAGUCUUUCGUAUUUCGGAAUAUCUCUGGGCACUCUGUCACACAAUCUCAGUGGAGCCUGCUACUGCCAUGAUCCAUUGGACUUUAAUAUCAAAACCAACAGAGACAGGUGUUUGUAGUCACUUUGUUUUCCCGCGCGCUCUGGUAGCAAACUCUAGGUGAACGGCAAAUGUACUGAUUUGUGUGCCUUAGUCGGCCAAAGUAAAGCAUGA